UGUAAGCUUUUAUCAGUCAGCACUAACACAAAACCUUCUCCUCCUCCUCUCUCUAUCUCUCUUAUCUGCUUUUCUAAUAAUAGUGGUGAGGAUAUUCUCAGAAGCAUUGGCCAGCUUUUGCCUAUUGCCCAUGACUGCUAGGGGCAGGGACCCCACAAGGGGUCGGUUUCGGCCGGAAAUGGCCAUGGCAUUGGCCAUUGUUCUGAUUUCUACUACUGUGGUUUCUGUUGCUGCUGAUGGUUACCCAUACAGUUCUCCUCCACCACCAACUUAUGAGUACAAGUCACCUCCACCACCAACUCCUUCACCACCACCUCCUUAUGAGUACAAGUCACCCCCUCCACCACCCAUUGAACAUAAGGCUCCACCUUAUGAGUACAAGUCACCCCCUCCACCACCCAUUGAACAUAAGGCUCCCCCAUACGAGUACAAGUCACCACCACCACCCUCACCUUCACCACCACCACCUUAUGAGUACAAGUCUCCACCUCCACCUUCCCCAUCACCCCCACCUCCUUAUGUAUACUCAUCACCACCUCCACCACCACAUGAACACAAGGCUCCACCAUAUGAAUACAAGUCACCUCCACCACCAUCUCCCUCACCCCCACCUCCUUAUGAGUACAAAUCUCCUCCACCACCUUCUCCAUCACCUCCACCUCCUUACUACUAUAAAUCUCCACCACCACCCUCUCCCUCACCUCCACCACCUUACUACUACAAAUCUCCCCCACCACCAUCACCAGUUUACAAAUACAAUUCACCACCUCCUCCAACACCAGUUUACAAGUACAAGUCACCACCUCCACCGUCACCAACAUACGUGUACAAGUCACCACCUCCACCGUCACCAACAUAUGUGUACAAGUCUCCUCCUCCUCCAACACCAGUUUACAAGUAUAAGUCACCACCUCCACCGUCACCAACAUACGAGUACAAGUCUCCUCCUCCUCCAACACCGGUAUACAAACCUCCAUACUACUACAAUUCACCUCCUCCUCCAACACCAGUUUACAAGUACAAAUCACCACCUCCUCCAUCACCAACUUACGUGUACAAGUCUCCUCCUCCACCAACACCAGUAUACAAGCCCCCGUACUACUACAAAUCACCACCUCCUCCAUCACCAACUUACGUGUACAAGUCUCCUCCUCCACCAACACCAGUAUAUAAGCCCCCAUACUACUACAACUCACCUCCUCCUCCAACACCUGUUUAUAAGUACAAUUCACCACCUCCACCAUCACCAGUUUACAAGUACAACUCACCACCUCCUCCAACACCGGUUUACAAGUACAACUCACCACCUCCUCCAUCACCGGUUUACAAGUACAACUCACCACCUCCUCCAUCACCAGUUUACGUCUACAAGUCACCACCCCCACCAACACCUGUAUACAAACCCCCAUACUACUACAACUCACCUCCUCCUCCAACACCAGUGUACAAGUACAAUUCACCACCUCCACCGUCACCAACUUAUGUGUACAAGUCACCACCCCCACCAUCACCAGUAUACAAACCCCCAUACUACUACAACUCACCUCCUCCUCCAACACCGGUGUACAAGUACAAUUCACCUCCUCCUCCAACACCAGUGUACAAGUAUAAUUCACCUCCUCCUCCUACUUACUACUACAAUUCGCCACCACCUCCAGUAAAAUCUCCACCUCCACCAACACCUUACUACUAUCAAUCUCCACCACCACCCACGUACACUCCACCUCCAUACUACUACAACUCUCCUCCUCCACCUGUUGUGUAUCCCCCACAUCCAUAUCACCACUCAUUGAUUGUGAAGGUAGUGGGUAAAGUCUACAGCUACAAGUGCUAUAACUGGGAGUAUCCUGAAAAGUCUCAUGACAAGAAACACCUCAAAGGUGCUAUUGUUGAGGUCAAAUGCAAAGCUGGAAGGAACAUCAUCAAGGCGUACGGUAAAACUAAGAACAAUGGAAAGUAUGCCAUCACAAUUCCAAACUUUAACUAUGUGAAAUAUGGUCCCACAGUGUGCAAAGCCAAACUACAUGCUCCACCUAAAGGCUCUCCAUUCAACAUCCCAACUAAGCUCAAUGAGGGAACCGACUUGUGGGUAAAAUCUAAAGACAAGUAUGAAGUUGUGCUCAAGGCUAAGCCAUUCGCCUAUGCUUCUAAGAAGCAUUAUGAAGAAUGUGAAAAGCCUAAGCCUUCACCAACUCCUUACUACUACAAGUCACCUCCUCCUCCUACACCAACUUAUGUGUACAAGUCACCACCCCCACCAUCACCAACUUAUGUGUACAAGUCACCACCCCCGCCAUCACCUACAUACAAACCCCCAUAUUACUACAACUCACCUCCUCCUCCAACACCAGUUUACAAAUACAAUUCACCACCUCCACCAUCACCAACUUAUGUGUACAAGUCACCACCUCCACCAUCACCUGCAUACAAACCCCCAUACUACUAUAACUCACCUCCUCCUCCAACACCAGUUUACAAGUACAAUUCACCACCUCCACCUUCACCUACUUACGUCUACAAAUCACCACCACCACCAUCACCUGUAUACAAACCCCCAUACUACUACAACUCACCUCCUCCUCCAACACCAGUGUACAAGUACAAUUCACCACCUCCACCAUCACCAACUUAUGUGUAUAAGUCACCACCCCCACCAUCACCUGUAUACAAACCCCCAUACUACUACAACUCACCACCUCCCCCAACACCAGUUUACAAAUACAACUCACCUCCUCCUCCGUCACCAACUUACGUGUACAAGUCUCCUCCUCCACCAACACCGGUAUACAAGCCCCCGUACUACUACAAAUCACCACCUCCUCCAUCACCAACUUACGUGUACAAGUCUCCUCCUCCACCAACACCAGUAUACAAGCCCCCAUACUACUACAACUCACCUCCUCCUCCAACACCUGUUUAUAAGUACAAUUCACCACCCCCACCAUCACCGGUUUACAAGUACAACUCACCACCUCCUCCAACACCAGUUUACAAGUACAACUCACCACCUCCUCCAUCACCAGUUUACGUCUACAAGUCACCACCUCCUCCAUCACCUGUUUACGUCUACAAGUCACCGCCCCCACCAACACCUGUAUACAAACCCCCAUACUACUACAACUCACCUCCUCCCCCAACACCAGUGUACAAGUACAAUUCACCACCUCCUCUAACACCAGUGUACAAGUACAAUUCACCACCUCCACCAUCACCAACUUAUGUGUACAAGUCACCACCUCCACCAUCACCUGUGUACAAACCCCCAUAUUACUACAACUCACCUCCUCCUCCAACACCAGUUUACAAGUACAAGUCACCACCUCCACCAUCACCAACUUACGUGUACAAGUCACCACCCCCACCAUCACCUGCAUACAAACCCCCAUACUACUACAACUCCCCUCCUCCUCCAACACCGGUUUACAAGUACAACUCCCCUCCUCCUCCAACACCGGUUUACAAAUACAACUCUCCCCCUCCUCCAUCACCGGUUUACAAGUACAACUCCCCCCCUCCUCCAUCACCGGUUUACAAGUACAACUCUCCUCCUCCCCCAUCACCGGUUUACAAGUACAACUCUCCUCCUCCCCCAUCACCGGUUUACAAGUACAACUCCCCUCCUCCAUCACCGGUUUACAAGUACAACUCUCCUCCUCCUCCAACACCGGUUUACAAGUACAACUCCCCUCCUCCUCCAACACCGGUUUACAAAUACAACUCCCCUCCUCCUCCAACACCGGUUUACAAAUACAACUCCCCUCCUCCUCCAACACCGGUUUACAAGUACAACUCCCCUCCUCCUCCAACACCGGUUUACAAGUACAACUCCCCUCCUCCUCCAACACCGGUUUACAAGUACAAGUCCCCUCCUCCUCCAACACCGGUUUACAAAUACAACUCCCCUCCUCCUCCAACACCGGUUUACAAGUACAACUCCCCUCCUCCUCCAACACCGGUUUACAAGUACAAGUCACCACCUCCACCGUCGCCAACUUACGAGUACAAGUCACCACCUCCACCGUCACCAACUUACGAGUACAAAUCUCCUCCUCCUCCAACUCCAACACCAGUUUACAAGUACAAAUCCCCACCUCCACCAUCACCUACAUAUGUUUACAAGUCUCCUCCACCACCAACACCAUCCCCACCUCCACCUUACUAUUACCAAUCCCCACCACCACCAUCCCCUUCUCCACCACCUCCUUAUUACUAUCAAAGUCCUCCUCCACCAUCUCCCACUCCUCAUACUCCCUACUACUACAAAUCCCCUCCACCACCAACGUCAUCUCCUCCACCUCCUUACCACUAUGUGAGUCCUCCUCCACCAACAUCAUCUCCUCCCCCACCAUACCACUACACAUCACCACCUCCUCCCUCCCCGGCUCCUGCUCCCACAUACAUUUACAAAUCACCUCCCCCACCUGUGAAAUCACCUCCCCCACCAGCUUACAUUUAUGCAUCCCCACCACCACCUAUCUACAAGUAAGCUCAAAAUGCAGCAACACCGUUCCGUAUAAAUCAUGUUUUAGUUUUCAUCAAGGAAUAAAUGCAACCUCCAUUUGGAACAAAGUGAAACUACCUUCCAGUCUAAGUCCUUUGAAUAAAAGUCUGAAUGUAUUAUCUCUAAGCAACAUUAUUUGUUAUUCAGACAAAAUUGAGUCUAUUUCUUUGGUGGCCAUCUUGCACGUCCUGGUCUUGUUGUGCUCAAGUGACAUACAAAUCAAAAUGAGGAAGCAAUAUUUGAAUGUAAA